AUGGCACGGACUGCUCUGUUGGUGUAUUCCAACUUCUACGUAUACGUCAACUACUACUUCUACCUCAACUUCGACUUCGACUUCAACCUCAACUUCAACUUCGACUUCAACCUCAACCUCAACUUCUACUUCAACCUCAAGUUCGACCUCAAGUUCGACUUCAACUUCUUUGACUUCGCCUACUACUUCGCCAGCCACUUCCACCUCGACUCACACUCCUUCCGCGCCUGCUACUAA